UUUGUGCAGUUUACAAUAAGUGCCUGGAAUGCAAAGAACUCUAAAGCAGCAGGCAGUGAUGCUAAUGGUACACAGACUGAAAAUACAACAGAGCAGGGAUCGUCUCAGCAGUCUGACUGCUUUACACUCCAGCUUCACUCUUUAACCCCUGGACAGGAGUCUUGGCAGGUGACACCUGGAGAGAAAUGGGUUUGGGUGCUGUCUCACAAGCAAAGGGGUGGUCAGCGGUUUGGGAAUGGCGAUAUCUGGGGUGCGACAGACUGCUACUGCAGAGCGGUGAAGCUGGCAAUAACUUUAAAUGGCAAGACAAGAAGAAAGCCAGUGGACGAGACGUUUAAAGAAGGUGUGGAUGGAGAGGAUGAUGAUGAUGCAGCUUUGACACCAUGCUUUGAUAAAGAAAAUGAGCAGGCAGAAUGUGCUAAUGUCUCCCUUCCAACUGAAGAAGAGUACAAAACUGUAAAAGCAGAACUUCACUGCAAUCUUUCUUUAUGCCAACUCAAGUUAGGCCAGCUUGGUAAGUCCAGAGACAGUAGUAUCAAGGCCACUGAGCUGAACCCAAAGAGCACUAAGGCCUGGUACCGACUUGGGCAAGCUUGCCUGCAGCUGGGCGAACUGGAGGAAUCUCGCAUGGCCUUUGGAAAGAUUCUGGAACUCCAACCUGAUUCUGAAUCAGCUCGCACUGCUCUGAAACAAGUGAACAACAGAUUAAAGGACUUGGACAGUAAACUUGGUCAAAGACUGAGCAAGAUGUUUAACUAGAAAAUAACUGAAAGUUGGGAAUAAUAAAAGCAGAACAUGUGCAUAUGUAUAAAAAUGAUAACAACGGUAAAGUGCCCAGAAGUUGUUUUUGGUCUUUCCUAGUAGCUUAACUUCAAUGUUUAAAACCUGAAGUAUG